AUGGGUCUUCUCGAUUUCUUGAGCAAACGGCCGUCUGUGGACGCAACAUCUCCUCAGAAGAGCCAGGCUCCCUCUCCAUAUGCUCGAGGCAUCAUCGCCAGUCGUGAAAACGGAACGAGAACACCAGACCCAUCUCAGCGACUGCUCAAGCCUCGGCUUGUAGGGGUGACUGAGGGGCGACCGAGAACAAAUCCAAAAGAUUCCGAGGUUCCACAACCUCAGUUUCCACUCAAGACGACCGGUCGAAGUCCCAAAGAAUCCAUAGCCCCCUUAGCAUUGAGCAGUAUCCCAAAAUAUGACGACCGCGAACGACCUCAAAGUCGUAGCACGAUAGAACGGCUUACACCCUUGACACCGAAUUUCUCACUCCCACGUCGACGCUCUUCGGCUUUUGUCGAUAUUCUGGAUGCGCAAGGGGAGUUUAAACCUUACGACUUUAGAUCAAGGCUUCAAGCAUCUGGUUCCCGUGAAUAUGGUGAGGAUGUUGCCGAUAGAAAUAUUCAACCUGCCGUGACUGGCACGACGCUUCCAUAUCGCCCACGAGGUAGUGCUUCUACAGCUAGCUCCUCUAGAAACGCGCAUGCGGUUCCGCCGAUCCCUGAUCGCUAUAGAGACUUGCCUUCUCCCAGAAUUGAGCCUAGCAUCCGUUCAUCCUCUCGACAAACUGUCCAUAGCCGUCCAAUGUCAAGGGGGAAACUCAGCCCUGCAAGGGCAUAUUUCGAUGUCCAUGACCACCGACUGCAGUCAAAAAGUUCAUACGGUCAGAUUUCCAUCAGUGGCAGCCGUUCGUCCACGCCGCAGCAGGCCCCAAGGACAGCGGACGGUCGUUAUAUGCGAGAUGAGGGCAGCGCAUUCUCUCCAGAACUUCGCUCUGCCUCUCCACCCGGUGUUCCUCGCUACAAACCUAGGCAGUAUAGCAUGCCUAGCGGCAAGGUUCUUUCUGGGACCUUGCCAGGGUCAGUUCGCUCAGCUCGAGAACAUCUAAACUCUCUUGUGCCGCCUCCUUCCGACCAAUCUAAGCAGCUGUAUCAACAGCGCGCCAAGACGCCGACUUCACCCAACCAGUUGCACAGCUUUCGUCAUAGAGUCGAAAAUGACUGGAGCCGGUUCAACAGACACGCGGGCGAUCAUCUCCCACCGGCCACUUCCACUUGGGACGACGCAAUUGAGUCGAAUUCAGAAUAUGCACCUUCAUUUACCUUUGGUAGCUCUGGUAAUCUUCAGUUGGAAAGCACUGAGAGACCACCCCCUUCUAUACGCACGUUUGGCAAGCGGGGGUCAGUCUCAUCAUUUGUUCAAUCUGACUUCUCCAGCAAUCAGCUUACUGGCAGUCGCAGUAUUCGCACAGCAGAUACCUCGAUUGACAUACCCCACAACUCGCUCUUCAACGAUAUGACAUUCUUUGGGGGUUCUUCCCACAAACUUCAAUCUCGAGCCGGCGACAGCCCUGUGGCCCCCGAUUUCACUGGCAAGGAGGACGACUCUGGUGCCGAAUCCAUCUUUAUAUCCCCGGCGACACCGUCGGAGGAGCAGCCCAGCUUCAAUCCGCUGUCACCAACUCAUCGCCAUGGAGGUCUCAGCGUUAGCAGCUAUGAUGCUACCAGCAUAUCAGACUCGGAUGCUGAUUCCUUUCGCGGCAAGCAAAGACACCCAGCCCGGGACGGUGAAGCUCUUUUAUUCAGUAACCAGGGGUUUGGUGACGAUGGCAAGAGCCUUCCAGGGCUUUUCAACGAAACGGAAAGUCUCGCUACACCAAAAUGGCCCGAGAUGCCGAUGACUCCAACAGAUGUAUCUGAAAUGGGCGAUGACGAAGCAUCCGUUGUGGGAGUGCCUCCAGCUGUUCAGAAAUCGCGGCAAAACACUUCAAGGCCGUUCACUCAGCGUGAGCGGCUGCUGGCCCUUGGCUACGACUACGAUUCCGACUCGGACACCGAAUCUUCUCUGCGAUCCGAUGAGUUCCCUGAAGAGCGCGCUCUAAAGCUGCUCUCAACUCUCAUCAAGAACAGCACAGCCAAGGGUCCCGAUGGCAGAGCAGGCCCACAGCUCGAUAUGAAGACAAUUGCGAAGCUCCGCAAGGAGAUUAAGAGAAGAAAGCUACUCGACUCAUCGUCCUCUCGACGAGGAAGGUCAAGCCAGGAGAACAGCGAGGUCGAUGCCGCUACAACGAAAUAA